CCUUUGGAAAGGAGGGGAGCCUAGUUGCCAGAUAUAAAAGUCUGGGUCCUGCGAAAAGACAACGCAAGAAAAAGGAACGGAUUUCUUUUCAUUCCUCUCCUUGAAGCCUUUUUUUGCAUUGCUAUAUUUUAAAAGAAAAGAAAGGAAGUUUGCAGCCUGGAAAAGCCAAAAUGUCCAAGGGUCCAGCUGUAGGAAUUGAUCUGGGGACCACCUACUCCUGCGUCGGUGUCUUCCAACAUGGGAAGGUGGAGAUCAUUGCUAAUGACCAGGGCAACCGCACCACCCCCAGCUACGUGGCCUUCACAGACACAGAGCGCCUCAUCGGUGAUGCUGCCAAGAACCAAGUGGCCAUGAACCCCACCAACACUGUCUUCGAUGCCAAACGCCUUAUUGGCCGCCGUUAUGAUGAUCCUGUGGUCCACUCUGACAUGAAGCACUGGCCAUUCCAUGUGAUCAAUGAUGGGGGCCGUCCCAAAGUGCAGGUGGAGUAUAAAGGCGAGACGAAAAGCUUCUAUGCCGAAGAGAUCUCCUCGAUGGUUCUCACCAAGAUGAAGGAAAUUGCAGAAGCCUACUUGGGCAAGACUGUUACCAAUGCAGUCAUUACAGUUCCUGCGUACUUCAAUGAUUCCCAAAGACAAGCCACCAAGGAUGCUGGUACCAUUGCAGGCCUCAAUGUUCUUCGGAUCAUCAAUGAACCCACAGCAGCUGCCAUAGCCUAUGGGCUGGAUAAAAAGGUGGGUGGCGAACGCAAUGUCCUCAUCUUUGACCUGGGAGGUGGCACCUUUGAUGUCUCCAUUCUGACCAUUGAAGAUGGCAUCUUUGAGGUUAAGUCAACCGCUGGGGACACUCACCUAGGUGGUGAGGAUUUCGAUAACCGUAUGGUGAACCACUUUGUGUCAGAGUUCAAGCGCAAGCACAAGAAGGACAUCACGGACAACAAGCGGGCAGUCCGGCGUCUGCGCACAGCUUGUGAACGGGCCAAGCGUACCCUCAGUUCCUCCACCCAAGCCUCCAUCGAGAUAGACUCCCUCUAUGAGGGCAUCGAUUUCUACACCUCCAUCACCCGAGCUCGCUUUGAGGAACUGAAUGCUGACCUCUUCCGAGGCACCUUGGAGCCUGUAGAGAAAGCCUUGCGUGAUGCCAAGCUAGACAAGUCUCAGGUGCACGACAUUGUGCUUGUUGGCGGCUCAACCCGUAUUCCCAAGAUCCAGAAGCUUCUUCAGGACUUCUUCAAUGGCAGGGAGCUCAACAAGAGCAUCAACCCUGAUGAAGCAGUAGCUUAUGGAGCAGCUGUCCAAGCUGCCAUCUUGUGUGGGGACAAGUCAGAGAAUGUGCAGGACCUGCUGCUGUUGGAUGUCACGCCACUGUCCCUGGGUAUUGAGACGGCCGGUGGGGUGAUGACAGCCCUCAUCAAGCGAAACACCACCAUCCCCACCAAGCAGACUCAGACCUUCACUACAUACUCUGACAACCAACCAGGAGUACUCAUUCAAGUGUACGAAGGAGAGCGUGCUAUGACCAAAGACAAUAAUUUGCUGGGCAAGUUUGAGUUGACAGGGAUCCCCCCUGCUCCUCGAGGUGUCCCACAGAUUGAAGUGACCUUUGAUAUUGAUGCCAAUGGUAUCCUCAACGUAUCUGCAGUCGAUAAGAGCACUGGAAAGGAGAAUAAGAUCACAAUCACGAAUGAUAAAGGACGUCUUAGCAAGGAGGAGAUUGAACGUAUGGUCCAAGAGGCGGAACAAUACAAAGCCGAGGAUGAAGUCCAGAGGGAAAAGAUUGCGGCCAAGAACUCCUUGGAGUCCCUGGCCUUCAACAUGAAGAGCACAGCGGAAGAUGAGAAGCUGAAGGAUAAACUGUCUCCAGAGGACAAGCAGAAGAUCCUGGACAAGUGCAAUGAGGUUAUUUCCUGGCUGGACAGGAACCAGCUAAAUGCAUCUCCACCUUUUUGUCUCUCCUCUCCCCUUGGCAGAUGGCAGAAAAGGAUGAAUACGAACAUCAGCAGAAGGAGCUACAGAACGUCUGCAAUCCCAUCAUUACCAAGUUGUACCAAGGAGCUGGAGGCAUGCCAGGAGGGAUGCCAGGGGGGAUGCCCGGUGGCUUCCCAGGAGCUGGAGGCACUGGGGGUGGCUCUUCAGGUCCCACUAUUGAGGAGGUGGAUUAAGAGCCUCCCAAGCCUUGCAUGGUGGGGGAGGGAACUUGUGCAAGUUGUCUUGGAAGCUUCCUUCUGAUCCUGCUUCACUCCAGCUGCCUCCUCCUGCCCUUCUUCCCCCUCUGCAUGAAUGGAGUUUCCUCACUCUGUUCUCUCCCCCACACUACUUCUGCUCUCUGUUACAAAAUGGAGCAUGUCACUUUACUGCCAAAUUGUGUUCACAUGAAUAAAUUAUUGCACUUUUGUCAUCCUC